AUGGCUCAUAAGAUUGAAAAAAUACAAAAGAAAUUUAAUGAUGUUAAGAAAGAUAUGAUUGAGUUGAAUCUAAACCCAAAGGUUGUGGUGGUUGAAUAUAGUAACAAUGUAAAGAGGGAUACUAGUUCAUGUGUGUUAGAAUCAGAUAUCAUUGGAAGGGAAGACGAUAAAAACAAGAUUGUAAGUUUGUUGAGGCAACCACAGGGAAAUAAAAUGUCUCUGAGAUUGCUAUUGUUGGGAUUGGUGGUUUGGGAAAGACAACUCUUGCAUAAAUGUAAGGUUGUUGUGACAACUCGUAGAAAAAUUAUAGCACAAACGAUGGGUGUAAAUGUCCCUUAUACUCUGAAAGGUUUGAAUACACAAGAAUAUUGGAGUUUGUUAAAGAAAAUUGUUACAUUUGGGGAUGAGAUUAAAGGACUGAAUCAAAAUCUUGAGCCAAUUGGUAUCAAGAUAGAAGAAAAGUGCAGGGGUGUUCCACUAGCAAUCAGACAUUGGGAGGCCUAUUAUAGGGUAAAAAUGAAGAAAAUCAAUGUAUUUCUAUUUUACAAGGUUAAUUUUGGAAAUUAUGUGAAGAUGAAGAAAGCAUCAUUCCAGUGUUGA